AUGGCUGCAUAUGAACCAACACAAGGUGAGUGACUCAUUAUUAUUAUCAGUGCACACAGAAAACAAAGUGUAAUGUUUCGCGCGCAUUAAUUAGAAGUAGGCAAAAAAAAAGAGUUAUAUUAUUAUUGAUCGAUCGAUUUAUUUGAUGUGUGAGCGACUGGAGGACACCACGUCGCAUCGCAGUAUUUGUCUCUUUUUCUCUCACACUGUUCACAUUUUCCCUUAUUCUGCCUUAUCGUUUUCUUGUUGUUAUUAUUAUUUUUAUUCAUUCAUUAUUCAUUAGCAACUUUUUUCUUACUUUUUUUUUCUUUUCCUUUUUUUUAAUACAUAUACUUUCUAAUUAAUGAUUCUUCUUCUGUCUCAGAAUGGCAAAAGGCACUAAAAAAUCUAAGCAGCAAGAGCAGAAGCCAGAGGCGAAUCUCGAUAAUUUUGCAAAAGAGCUUGAAGGAAGCGAUUCUGAAGAGGAUGCGGUAGUUAUUGACAAACCACCACAAACACCACCAGCUUCACCAAAAACUAAUAAAAAUACCAAAAGUAGAUUGUUUUGCAGCUUUUUUUUUUUGAAAUAUGAAAAUGUUUGCAGAAACUGGCGAAGUUUUGAGCGAGACAGAGAAGGAGCUUCUUCGCGAAGAAUUGAUCAAAACUGAAGACGAAAUCUCAACAUUGAAACAAGUUUUGGCUUCAAGACAAAAGGUUAGUCAAAUGGUAUAGUAGAAAUGCGGAAAAAUUUCCUGCAUUUUGCUGAUGAGAUGAGCUCAGCUUUUCUCAAAACUGAAGGUCCUCAAUCAACCCAAAAAUCAAUAAUUUUUUAGCAUGCCAGCGAACUCAAGAGAAAAUUAGGAUUGUCACCAUUCGCUGAACUCUCACAAGACAUCAAUCGAAGCUUCAAAGUUGUCACCGAUACUGAAGCGUAAGUUGUUUUCCUCUUUCUUUAGUUUGGAUUUUCCUAAUCUUGUUGGAAGAUCUUUGCAAACAUACUUUUUCCAGUUUCCAAAAAACUGCUGAAGUCGCUGCUGCUACAUCAGACACCGUUAAAGAGAAAUGGGCUGAUAUGAGAAAUUCGUCACUUUUCAAAUCAUUCGAAUCAAAGUUGGGAACUGCUUACAAUUCGGUGAGUAAUUACUAGGAUUUUCAAUAAAAAUAAUACAUGAUUAUGAAAAACUUUCAGGCAAAAAUGGCUGCAUCAACAUCGAUUGAUCAUCUCGCUGGCGCUGCUCGUGGUAAUAGCACCGUCGCAACUCCAGUCGCCGAAGAAGCCAAACCAAUCUCCUAA